AUGAAUUUAUUUCGUUCAGCAUUAAGUGCCUGUAUUGUUGAUGGAUUAACAUAUACUAAAAUAUUUCUUUAUUCGAAUGAAACAUUCAUGACACAUAAUCAUUCGACAUCUUUUGUACCAUUACCAAUUGUAAGAACUACCAAUGUUGGACAAAGAACGGCACCAUCAUUAACUGUUCGUUUACCGCCAAUCACAUUGGCUAGUCUCAAUCAGAGUUUGAGAAAUUUUACUCAUGGUCGUUUACAAUAA